CCUGUCCCCCACUCAACAACCAGCUCCGUCUCCUGCGGCCUGCGCCACCUUUUCUUGGCUUCCCACCCGACCCGACACGAGCUCCAAGAACUCACUCGGGCACUCCAACAAGGCAAGAAGUGUAAUCUCUCACUCGGGGAGCGGCCGGGCCAAGAACUCGGCAAUGGCAAUGGCGGCGGAGGGGGCGGCGGCGAGCGAGCCGGAGCUGGUGUCGAUCCCGGCGACGCCGCGGGGGCUGUCGACGCCGGAGGACGCGGCGACGCCGACGGGGAGGAGUAAGGGGCUAGGGACGCCGGCGCGGCGGGUGGUGGAGGGCCUGCGCGGGUACCUGGAGGACGUGGGCCACCUCACGCGCCUCGACCCGCGGGACGCCUGGCUGCCCGUCACCGAGAGCCGCGGCGGGAACGCGCGCUACGCCGCGUUCCACUCCCUCAACGCCGGGCUCGGCUUCCAGGCGCUCCUCCUCCCGCUCGCCUUCCCAGGCCUCAGAUGGAGCUGGGGGAUAAUAUCAAUGACUAUUGCUUAUUUCUGGCAACUGUACACACUCUGGAUCCUAGUGAAGCUUCAUGAAGCUGUACCAGGCAGGCGGUACAACAGAUAUGUGGAGCUUGCACAGGCUGCAUUUGGAGAAAGACUUGGAGUGUGGUUGGCUCUUUUCCCAACUAUUUAUCUGUCGGCGGGGACUGCAACUGCAUUGAUUCUUGUUGGAGGAGAGACCAUGAAGAUGUUUUUCCAAAUAGUGUGUGGCCCGCUCUGCUCGCCGAGUCCCAUCUCGACGGUGGAGUGGUACUUGGUGUUCACAUCCUUGGCAGUAGUUCUUUCUCAGCUUCCAAAUCUCAACUCUAUCGCUGGGCUUUCUCUCAUCGGCGGUGCAACUGCGAUAAUGUACUGUACCAUGUCCUGGGUUCUCUCUGUCAGCCAACCACAGCCACCAACAAUCUCUUAUGAGCCAAUGAGAUCCACUUCUUUUGGUGCAUCCUUAUUAUCGACCUUGAACGCCCUUGGGAUAAUAGCAUUUGCAUUCAGGGGGCACAAUCUUGCACUGGAAAUACAGGCAACAAUGCCGUCGACUUUCAAACAUCCAGCACAUGUGCCUAUGUGGCGCGGGGCCAAAGUCGCGUACCUUCUGAUUGCAAUGUGCCUCUUCCCGGUCGCCAUUGGAGGCUUCUGGGCCUACGGAAACAUGAUGCCACCAGGAGGGAUGCUGUCCGCGCUCUACGCCUUCCACAGCCACGACAUCCCCCGGUGCCUCCUCGCAUCGACGUUCCUCCUCGUCGUGCUCAACUGCCUCAGCAGCUUCCAGAUCUACUCCAUGCCAGUGUUCGACAGCUUUGAGGCCUACUACACGGGCCGCACCAACCGCCCAUGCUCGACCUGGGUCCGGUCAGGGUUCAGGGUCUUCUACGGGUUCAUCUCGCUGUUCAUCAGCGUCGCGCUGCCAUUCCUCUCCAGCCUCGCCGGGCUGCUCGGCGGGCUGACCCUUCCUGUGACCUUCGCGUACCCGUGCUUCAUGUGGAUCCGUGUCAAGAAGCCGGAGAGGUUCACCUUUAGCUGGUACCUGAACUGGGGCCUUGGACUGCUCGGCACCACGUUCAGCUUGGCAUUCUCCCUGGGUGGCGUCUGGAGCAUCGUCAACAAUGGGAUGAAGCUCAAGUUCUUCAAGCCCAACUAGAUAUAUAGUACUUGUUCCAAUAUGCAAGUUCUUUUUUUCGAACGAUCAAUAUGCAAGUUCUUAGAAAUUAGCUUGUGUAACUGAAUGUUAUAUAUAUUGGUUAUGCUGCCUAACUACAUACAUGCCUUGGCAAGAACAAUGGCGUGUAUAUAAGUGAUGGUUGGGAAUGUCGAAAUGUAAGGGGCUUCAUCUUGCUAGUAUAGUGUAUUUUCAUGUA